GUUCCCAAUUGGGCUGAGGCCCAAAAGAAUGACGAACCGGAAAAGAAUAAAUUUUUACGGGAAACACAAAUCUGACAACCCAAGCCCAGUCGAGCCCAGCCCAAUGGGCAAUAUAUUUCCCGUAAGUCAGUGUCAGUGGCAUCGUCUCCAUUCUUAAACCCUAGCAAGAGCUCCCGCUACCCUGAACUCUCCAGCGGCUAACGCAGUUUUUUGCCAAAUUACAACUCUGCUUCUGCUAGCUUCGCUCUUCUCUCUGUCUGUUCUUCGCGUUCGUCUCGUGUCUCUUCCUAAGUGCUGCUAAUAUGUAUACCGCCAAGCAGAAGAUUCACAAAGACAAGGAUGUGGAACCUUCCGAGUUUGAGGAGACUGUUGCUCAGGCUUUCUUCGAUUUGGAGAAUACCAACCAGGAAUUGAAAAGUGAGAUGAAGGAUCUGUACAUCAACUCUGCAACCCAAAUCGAUGUUUCUGGGAGCAGGAAGGCUGUUGUCAUUCAUGUUCCAUACAGACUUAGGAAGGCAUUUCGAAAGGUUCACCUUCGACUCGUGAGAGAGCUUGAGAAGAAGCUCAGUGGAAAGGAUGUCAUCCUGAUUGCGACCAGGAGAAUAGUGAGGCCACCCAAGAAGGGUUCAGCUGCUCAAAGACCACGCAGCCGCACGCUCACUGCUGUGCAUGAAGCUAUGCUGGAGGACAUUGUGAUGCCUGCUGAGAUCAUUGGGAAGCGCACCAGAUACCGCCUUGAUGGAACCAAGAUCAUGAAGGUAUACCUGGACCCAAAGGAAAAGAACAGCACCGAACUCAAGCUAGAGGCCUUUUCCAAGGUUUACCGAAAGCUUACCGGCAAGGAUGUCGUCUUUGAGUACCCUGUUACUGCUGAGGCAUGAGGAGGCUAUAGCUAGCUAGCUAAGAUCUUUUGUUCGUUCCGGGAGUUGCCAUCUUAUGUUAAGACCUCCCUCUUUGGAGGAUAUGGAACUUCAGUUUUUCUGCUAUUUAUCGCCGAUUCUCUCUGUUCAUGUUUACAUCGUUCAUGAGACUAUCUUUCUAUGAUGCUUGUUGAAAGAAUGUUCUGUGUUUUAAGUUCCUGUCGAACGAUAGAGCACCUUUUGACAGCGCUGCCAUGUUAAUUGUUGGAUUACACUUUUGGACUCGACUCCCUGAAACCAAAUGGGCGAAGUAUAGAUGGUGGACCUAAAGAGUCUUGUAGCCAGAAAAGUUGGGAGGAAAUGUGAGCAGAAGUGCACGUGAGCCACUUGUAAAUUGCACUUGACAGAUCAGAAAAAGGUGGAGGUGG